AUGCUUUCCAAGGGCUCAUUGCAGUUUGUGCAGGUCUUCAGAUGCAAGAAGACAGCCACAGUUGUGGCACACUGCAAACACAGCAACAAGGUGAAUGGGCGGCCCCUGGAGAUGAUCGAGCUGUACACACUGAUAUACGAGCUGCUGGAACCAGUUCUGCUUCUGGACAAGGAGUGAUUUGCUGGUAUGGAUGUCCAUGUGAAAGGUGGUGAUCACAUGGCCUGGAUAUAUGCUGUCCAUCAGUCUAGCUCUAAAGCCCUGAUGUCCUAUUACCAGAAGUAUAUGGAUGAGUUUUCCAAGGAGGAGAUCAAAGACAAAAUCAAAGACAUUCUCAUACAGUAUGACUGGACCCUGCUGGUGGCUGACCUCCACCACCACUAAUCCAAAAAAUCGAGAGACCCUGGUACCCAUGCUUCCUACCAGAAAUCCUACCAAUAA